GUAAACCUUACUGCCCAUGCGUAGGAAAGUUAGCUCACUUCGGCGCACAAAGAAUAACACGACCUGGCACAUUGGAAUGUAUACAUAUACACUGUAGUAGAAACUGUCAGGUGCGCCGAGCUGGCAGUGUGUGUGUGAGCUAUACCUGUUAUCAUAAAAUCUCGUCAACAUCAAAGCAGCCGACAUUUGUGUUCACCGAAACUCCUACACGUGGAUUUACAAACACCUGUGUCAGUUUGGGAGGUGACUAACACACAGACCGGACGUACAAUGUACAUGAUUAGGGGGACAUAAAGUGCAGGAGGGGGUAAUUAUUUCACUAACCCAGACACUGGGUGCACUCGAUCGGUGUACGCCGGUGAUAAUCGUCUGCUUUCUUACCGUUUGUACAUCUGUGUGGUAUCGUGUAAUGUUUAAUGUAUAAAUUGAGGAGUUAACUUCCCGUUAUAUUUAGAUACGCAUAGAUCUGUGUUCAGGGAUGUGUUUAUAAAUAGACCUAGUUGAACAACCAUCAUGGAGAUUCGAUCUGCUGUCUCGGUUUUACUAAUGGUGUGUAUUUCAUACGUGCGCUUGACCACUGCCACAGUGUCCGGAGUGUAUAGGGACAACGGAGUGGACAGAACGGAACGGACGGCUGAAUUUUCUGGUAGGGAUAAACGGGAGAUGCAGCAUGAAAUUUUGACUCUUUUAGGGCUGCAUCACCGUCCAAAACCUGCGGGGCAUAGUACCACGGAUUACUCCGCUCCAAGAUUCAUGCUAAAUCUGUACAAUUCGAUAACCUCGGACGGAGGGAUAGUGGAUGACGGGAAUCGGCCUCAGUUCCCCCGAAACGUCACAAUCGAGAAUGAGAUCGAACCCACUGAGGGUAGUGACGUCAUCAUGAGUUUUGUGAACCACGCUAAGAAGAUUAAACAUUUACGUCGCCAGAGGGACCGAACUUUUUAUUUUGACUUCAGCGAGAUCACUCCGAAAGAGACUGUGGCGAGAGCAGAGCUGCGCCUCUAUAAAGAAAAGGCCGGCAAGUGGAAAAAACACAAGUUCCAAGUACAAAUCUACAUGAUUCAGCAGGGCGAUAAUCCGGAGAACUACCAGAUAGUGACGGAGAGCAAUCUCACAGUGAGGGCUAACUACCAAGGAUGGUUGACCUUUAACCUUACGAAUGCAGCCUCGCAUUGGACGUAUUCUCCCACCACCAAUAUGGGCCUGUUUAUGAAAAUUAUAUUCUUAAAAAAAAAUCGGGAUGUUAAACCGGAAAAGUUCGGAAUCGUAGGUCGAAAGGGACCUGAGUACAAACAACCAUUUAUGGUUGGUUACUUCCGGUCUACACCGGAACUGCAUGUCCGGAAGACUCGUGCUGCCGUCAGGCGGAGGAUGAAGGAAAGUGCCUACGCCAAUGACGACGAGGAGGAGCAAUACUCUUAUACCAAGGCAUUACGUAGAACUCCAAGGAGAGCGCCCCGACAGUGGCCAUGCCAGAGGCGAACACUAUAUAUGAAGUUCCGGGACCUCGGAUGGCAGAACUGGAUUAUCGCCCCUGAUGGAUUCAAGGCAUUUUAUUGUGAUGGGGAGUGUUCUUUUCCACUUGGAGCCCAUAUGAACGCAACGAAUCACGCAAUUAUACAAACACUGGUGCACCUGAUGACCCCCUACAAGGCCCCAAGUCCUGGAUGUGCUCCAACCAAACUCGGAUCCCAAUCAGUGCUUUACUUUGAUCAUAAUUAUAAUGUAGUUUUGAAGCGUUUUCCUGAUAUGAUUGUCAAGUCCUGUGGUUGCCAUUAGUUAAAUUGUUUCUCAUGCCAUUUACUGGCUGUGUUGGCUUCACCUACUUAAUGGCAGGAUGUUGUCCAUUAAAAGCCAAUCGAAAAGCAUUGUGAAGUCACAUGACUGCCGUUGACCAAUGAACGUUUUUGUUACAUUAAAUAUGUGAACUGGUAGAUCAAAUGACCUUAUGAGUUAUAGUGUUCAUGUGAUGUCCAAACUGACCAAUCAAAUGUUUGAUGAACUGUUCAUCUGUUUGCCAGUAUUGGAUGAAGCCAAUCGAAAUCGAAUAUUUUCAAUUAUACCGACUUAUACUGACGUCUUAUAAUCUAUAUGAUUUAUACGAAUUUUCGUGGCAAGCUCCCUCAUCAGCCGUGUAAAAAACUAUACAGGAAGGAGAAAUAUCACUUCCGGUUUUGCAAUCUCUUAGAGGAAACGCUUGCUCCAGUGUAGGUCAAAGAUUGGCGGGACGGCGUAAAACAAGAGUGUUUUUUUUUUUUUAUCCAAUAUUUUGUCAGGCAGGUUACUUUACCACCGGACCAAUCCACAGUCAUUUUGGAACUAUGUGGACCACCGAUUUUCUGACGUCAUCUUUUGAUAUGCGUCAUUGUUCAAUACAUGGUUGUGACACAGGGGUCUGUGGUGAUCUAUAUUUCGAGAUAAUUUGAAUAGGUUAUAUACUGUUUAAAUACUGAAAAAUAUGGUCACGUUUAAUUUUCGUGGUUAUUUAUAGACGCAUUUGAAUCAUCACAGACUCCCUGUAACUGCAUGUAAAAUAUUUGUAUAUAGGUUAACCAGAAUUGUUAGAUCUGAUUAUAAUAUUUUGUAAGUAAUGAAAAACUAUGCAAUGCCAUUUUGGGUUAAGUAACUUUGUGAACAAACGAGGCCAUACUGUUAACAAGAAGUUAUGUAUUUGUGUAGUUUGAAAUGUUUAUUAUAUGGUAUAAGUAUUGUUUCAUCUAGAUCCAUCCGGUUGUCUUAAACAAUUAACAUUGGAAAUGUUUUUGCUCCUGUUCCUCAAACCAAAGAUAUCUGAAAGACUGUCUCCCUUUACUCUUAUUGUGUCAUUCGGGACCUCGGUUGAUUGUCAUUGGACAAUCGGGAACCUUCGGCACUUUCCGUAAACGAGACGGAAAGAGCCGACGGUUCCCGAUUGGUCAUUGGAUGUUGUUGGUAAUCUCAACACACUCGCUACAUUUCCAUUAAUUGAAAUUAGGCUGGUUUAUCUGCAUUGGUACCGUUUCUUGUCACUAGAUUGCUCUCUUAGAUACUCCGAAAAAACAAAAAGUUAAAAUAGGCAAUCUAGUGCAGAAAUGAAGUGUGCACCAACUGUAAAUUAUAAAAUGGAACAACAGAGGUGUUUUGAGUGCAUGUUUGUACAACUGAACAUAUCAUAAUAAGGAAAUAAUUAAAAAUUUGGAACAGGUUAUAAGGGGCUAGGAAUGAUUGUCUGAAAAUAACAAGAACAACUUUUAAAGUUAUUGAGAAAUCUAUAGUGUACUUUUUCUAUAACAAGACUGUAUUGCAUGUUUAGAAAUUAAAGAAUAUUUCUGUUUCCUCAAAUGUGAAAGAUUAAACAACAUGAUUUUAUGUUUGGUCUGCUAAAGUUACUCUUCGAUUGUACCGGUUAAUACCGGUUCAUUGGCGCAGUCGAAGGAUAUUUAUUUGCUCGGAUCUUAUAGAAUAAACAUGUUCUCAUCAUACAAGUCUUUCUCUGAACAUAACACACUCUAACACUUAAAUGACGUCGGACAAAAACGGAGCAUACCAGAUAUCAAGAGCCUGACUGAACGACACGUGCAUUAGGUAAACACGUGCCAAAUGCACGUGUAUGUACGAUUGGUUUAUGUUGUGAUACACAAAUCCUGGCGACGUCUUAGAUUUUAGUCCUACAAAGCCUUGCAAGCUUACGACUCUGGUAGCAAUUUAAAUGGCGUAUCUUUUAAAUAUCGUGGGAUAUAAUAACUAUAACUACAGAAACUAUAAUAAAUAAGUGUCGUAAAUAAGAUAAUUAUCUGUAUACACAGUUUACACACACUAGUUACAGAACGAAUGUCAAUAUUUUUGAAAAUAUCUCCGAUUUUCAGUUGUAUGUUUUUGUGUGUAAAGCUGGUCAUACUUAGUUUCAACUCUGCCCUUUGAUGAUGCAGUGACGUCACUGUUUCCUUUAUAUUUUAUUUACGAUCCAACAUACACCAUAUCAGUCAUUGAAUAUGUUCACGUAAUGUAAGUAAAUUGAGUAGUCCGAUUGUGGAAUAUGUUUGCUGUCAUAUAUAGCUAGUAAUGGAGGGGUUUACUGGAAAUGGAAUGGAACGAAUUUAUAUUACAUACCCACCAAGAUAUGUCAUAUCUCCCACCCCUACAUGCUGAUAGGCAUGUUAAUAGGCAUGCUACAUUUACACUCACAGGCCAGUCUGCAUUAAGAAUCGAUAAUUAUAACUUAAAUUUGGCUUGGAGAUUUACAGUCGACAUAACGAAAAGGUUAAUAGAAGGUAUGAUAAUAAUCGUUUUGAAUGACAAAUCAAUAUCGCUAACAAUGGUACAGGGAAUGUGUGUUGGAAGAAAGUCCUUGUUUAGCGAAGACGGAAAAUACACUUUACGCAUUGCAUAUUGGUAUUGAUCAUUAAGUAAGUGGCGGUUGUAUACAAAGGUGUGACAUUUGAGCUAUGGUAUAAGCUAUUAUGCACUUAUAAUUUUAAUGUUUUCUCAUCUUUGGAGGAAGAAAAGAUGUAUAUAUUUAUUUUUUCUAAUCUUAUGAAUAUUUUUGCAUGUUUAUAUGUCCGUUCACGAAUAAAGUGCUAAUAUUGAA